AUGGCGACCGAAACGACCACCGUACCCGCCCUCGAGGCCACUCCCGCCGCCGACCCGGUCACCGAUCUAUCGGCCUUGACGACUGUGACCGCCGAGGAGCCGGCGUCGAUGGAUCACCACGACAAGCACGACGACUCCAACGACACCUUGUCGGACCAGGAGCAGGGCAAGAAGCGUUCCUCGUCGACCGCAGACCUGAAGGACGACGCGCCCCCGGCCAAGGUGACGAAGCGCAGAGCCGCCCGCGCCUGCGUGAGUUGUCGCGCUCGCAAAGUCCGCUGCGACGUGGUCGAAGGCGCGCCCUGCGGCAACUGCAGGUGGGACAACGUCGAGUGCGUUGUCCAGGAGAGCCGCCGACGAAACUCCUCGGUGUGGAAUCUGCGCGCAUCGCAACCUGAUUCCAGCCGAGGCAUGAUGCUGGCCGAUCAUUCGAUUGUGACAAUGGUCAACCCAAACACUUCUAACAUUUUGCCCAGGAAAAACCUCUUGACUGCUAGCACAGCGGGGCACUUGGGAGCCGAGGCUCAAUUGCGCUCCAAGGGCGCAAACCCAAUCAACAUUCAUAGCAGCGCGGAGCUGCGCCGACCCAGCAAUGCGUCGGUGGCUUCGGUCAACGGAUCAGUUGCAGCGAAUCCAGUUCCCGCAGCCGCUGUGCCCCUGGGCGCGACUCCAGCUAUUGGCGCCGGAGCUGCAGCUGCGACUGGAAUCGGUCCAGGAGUUCUUGGGGGUCUGUCGGUUCCCGGCGGCUCUUCAGAUGGGCUCGAGGGUCACGUUCCUCACAUGAUUUGUGAGUAA